AUGCCCUAUCCACGGCCCGUCUCCCCGGUCUCCCUCGAAACGUGCGUGCCUUCGUCCUCCGAGCUAGAUCCAGAUGACCUGUUUGCCUCCGAUGAUGAGCUGGAUGAUAUCGCCCGAGCUGCAAAGCGUCAGCGGAUCGAGAAGUUGGCGGAGUCUCAUCUACAGGGGAAACCGCUGUUCAUUCUCUCCGCGUCGUUGCGAGGCCCAUUGAAUGAUGGAUGGAAAAAUCCAUGGAAGAAGAACAGGACGCAUGGGGCGGGAACAUCAGCGCGGAUUUUGUCGAAUCGCAAAACAAAUAUCCCUGAGCGCGUGGUCCAGGAAACUGACUUGCGGGCUCCGAAGUAUCGAGAGGGUCUAUCUGUUGGUGGUCAUCGCCCAGAGAUUCCUGCGACGUCAUUCAACUCCCCAAUGUCAUCGGUGCAAGCCGAAGCCCGUUCUUCACCUGCUAAAUCAUCACGGAGGCAAUCCAAGGAACCCACCCCGUGCACUGGGCCUGGUGGACAAAAUGGAACAUUGCGACGGUCUUCCACAAAAUUAAAGGAGCCCCAAUCAAGGGAAACACCAUCAUCGGUAGUUGAAGACCAGUCAAUAAUACCGCCUAGGACAGCGGAAUGGCUGAAAAAGGAUCGGAGGCUCAUGAACUUCACAAAGUUCGAACCGCCGAGCUCACCAACAAUAUCCGUUGCUUCUCGUCAGUCGGAUAAGAUCCGUCGGCCGAUGCUUCGCCCUGUUCAAGUACAGGUUCCACAGACGCCGGCCUCUCCAGUGAAAUACCCUCCUAUCAAAACUGUUCCAGCGAAGACAGCGCAGAGUGUUCGUGCGAAUUCGAGUAAACACCUAUCCCCACGGUCGACUUCGGCCGCCUCAAGUUCACCUAAAGCCCCUGGUAUGCCCAAAUUAUCGCCAUUCCAACAAUAUCAACGAUCUCACUUGCCGCUGGAAUCGUCUCUCCGGAUCGUUAAUUCCUCUUCUCAGCUGCCGAGAUUUGAAUAUCGGAGGUGGCUUCGACAAAAUUCGAGUCAACAGGAAAAGAAUUCUCCUAUGCAUGAUGAAAGUAUCCUGCAAGAAGAGACUUUCUUGCAGGAGGAUAGCCCUCUGAAAGAAAAAUCCAUAAUCAAUCCCGCAUCCGUCAGGUCUAGUCCUGCUAGGGCUCAAGAUCAAGCAUUGGAUCCUGCUGAACCUACACCCCUGGCUCCUGAAGAAGUAGCAGUUUCUAAUGAGGACUCUACAACAAAAGAUAAAAGCCAGAAAACUUUGUCGAAAGAAACUAGGUUCGCAGAUGAGGAAGUCCUCAUAGAGGACAAUGUUGCGGCGGAAGAAGUCGCAAGGGAAGAUGGCGAUGUCACCGAGGAAGAGACCGCAACAGAAGAUGCUGAAAAUGAGGAUGAUACAUCGACAUUCCAAAACACAGCUCCAUCUGCGCCAACCGAACAGAACACGUACAAUGAUCUCCCUUCUGCUCAACAAGUGCCAGCACCUUUGGGGUUGUCAGAUCGGGUAAUAUCAUUGCAUUCAACAGCUUUACCAAAAGAAAAUUCAGGGCAAGACUCACCCCCAAGCCCUGAUACCCAACUUUCGACGCAGGCUGCCCUUUUACAUGCCCAGAAGUCCUUUCAAGAUGAUCUGGAUAGUCCAGAAUAUUACAAACAACAUACACCGAAUCCAGAUCGCAUAGUGCAUUCACCCAAUGCUUCGCUUCACUCAGCAAAUUUCACUCCAUUCUACCGUCUAGAAGAGUCAAUUCGACGUGAUCUAGAGCGGAGUUCUAGAUCAAUGAACAAGGACGGGAUGCACGCAAUGAGCACGCAAUUCAUGCUUGAUGCUGCUACACCUUUCAAUUUCAGCACUGAGCAAGCUGGUCACGAUCGGAGUUUGAAACCUACCAACAGAAAUAUGACGCAACCAAUGAAUACCCAGUUCAUACUUGAUGCAGCUACACCUUACGUUUUUAGCACAGAAAAGAGACAGCGUGCGUCUCGGCCAGACUCAGGCUCGCCUACGACGAGAGACUCCAAGAGAAAAAGGAUGGCCAAUAUUGGAAGCCCCUGCCCUUCUACUAGGAGUCAACCAACAUCUCCCAACAACGAAUAUCACACUGCGGAAUCCCAAUCAGGUGAAGAUGAAGAUAGUCCACAAUCAGUAGCUCAACAGUUAGAUCAUCAACAAACUUACCAAUCUGCCACAGAGGGUGCCUCCUUGCCCCUCAACCUAAGUGAAUCGGCUCCAACAACAGGCCAGGAUGGACAAGGUGUUCACCAGGGAAUGGAGACGUUUAAUCUCAGUCAGGCAAUCGCAGAUGCUGGUAGCUGGCUUCAGCAAAGUUUUGAUUUCAUGAAGGACACCGGUCAGUCGAGCCAGAAUCUCAAGGUGAUUCCUACUUCUGGCGUGCAGUGUGCCUCUUCCCCUUUGAACAUGGACCUCUCUCAAUAA